CAAAUCUGUAUCGCUAUGCACUGUUUCCACACUACUUUCGAUUGUCCAGCAUCAAAAGAGUUGCCGUCUUCAAAGUAUUUGUACACACCAUAGUAGGAACGACUAAGCAGCCGUGAAACAAUGGAGGUGCAGUACAAACUUCACUGAAUUGUCAGUAAGGUCAGUUGCCAGCUUGCAUGAAAAGUAAUCCGACGACAAGCAUGGGCUAUAAAAAAUCAGCUAAUUACCAUGUCCGCGAGGACUCAAACUUCGAUCGGGUCUCAUUAGCUCUCAGCGUGGCACGGACAAUUCCAGCCGCUGCCUUUGCUGGGUAUUCACACAUACCCCGCCUUGGUGAAAUUACUUUCCUGGAAAUGAUAUUCCACAAGGACCGUCAAUUAGUCCUUCUUCAACAAAUGGCUACUUCUCCAUUUCAUGGAAUCAGACCCGCCUCGAACAAAUAUCGCAAUGCAGACAGCACGCCAGACGAGGAAGGGCCUCGAAGAGGCAUGACAUUGACAUUGACUCGCGUUAAAACGCAGCACUUCCGUCGAGGUCCUUCAGCAAUUCCAAGCUCACCAUCGCAUCAAUGCCUCCCUUAUUAA